GAUCGCUUCCCUGCUGUUGGUGCAGACUAUUAUAGAAACAAAGCUGGGAAAGUGGACGUUGUCCUCUGAAGCGCCCUGCGACAACAGGCACCGCGAGGCAAAAAGUUGCUGGCUUGUUGGAGAACUAGGAAACCGGAUGGGACCGGGGUUUCUGGUAAACUUCUGGAUGGAUGGAUAAUGGAAGUCUAAACAUGAAUCAGGUAGCUGAUUGGCUUCCCUGGAUUUUGCUGACGAUACAAGAAACCUUUGCUUGAAGAUGGAAACACUGGAGUCGGAACUGACCUGCCCUAUCUGUCUGGAGCUGUUUGAGGAUCCAUUGUUGCUUCCUUGUGCUCACAGUCUCUGUUUCAACUGUGCACAUCGCAUCUUGGUCUCCCAGUGUGCUACCAACGAAUCAGUGGAAUCUAUCACUGCCUUCCAGUGCCCCACUUGUCGUUAUGUCAUCACCCUCAGUCAACGGGGUCUAGACGGACUGAAGCGCAACGUCACACUGCAGAAUAUUAUAGACAGAUUUCAGAAAGCUUCUUUGAGUGGGCCCAAUUCUCCCAGCGAAACUCGCCGAGAACGAGCUUUUGACAGCAACAGCAUGUCAUCGAGUGAAAAAGUUCUCUGCCAGUUCUGUGACCAAGAUCCUGCUCAGGAGGCAAUCAAGACCUGUGUAACUUGUGAGGUAUCCUAUUGUGAGGAGUGCCUAAAAACAACUCAUCCAAACAAGAAGCCAUUUACUGGACACCGUUUGAUUGAGCCUAUUCCUGAUUCACAUAUCAGAGGAUUGAUGUGUCUGGAGCAUGAAGAUGAGAAAGUUAACAUGUAUUGUGUGACUGAUGAUCAGUUAAUCUGUGCCUUGUGUAAACUGGUUGGGAGGCAUCGUGAUCACCAAGUAGCAGCUCUAAGUGAACGCUAUGACAAAUUAAAGCAAAAUUUAGAAAGUAAUCUUACCAGCCUUAUCAAAAGAAACACUGAACUGGAAACACUUUUGGCUAAAUUAAUUCAAACUUGUCAACAUGUAGAGGUGAAUGCGUCUCGACAAGAAUCCAAGUUGAUGGAAGAAUGUGACCUUCUUAUAGAAAUAAUCCAGCAAAGACGUCAGAUAAUUGGAACCAAAAUCAAGGAGGGAAAAGUUGGGAGACUGAGAAAACUGGCCCAGCAGAUAGCUAAUUGCAAGCAGUGUAUUGAACGCUCCACCUCUCUUAUCUCACAGGCUGAGCAAUCUUUGAAGGAGAAUGAUCAUGCACGCUUUCUGCAGUCAGCUAAAAACAUAACUGAAAGGGUUGCCAUGGCAACUGCAUCUUCCCAGGUUUUAAUUCCUGAAAUUAAUCUUAAUGACACUUUUGAUACAUUUGCGCUGGAUUUUACAAGAGAAAAGAAACUGCUGGAAUGCCUUGAUUAUCUAACUGCUCCAAAUCCACCAACAAUUAGAGAAGAGCUUUGCACGGCUUCUUAUGACACAAUCACAGUUCACUGGACUUCAGAUGAUGAAUUCAGUGUGGUCUCCUAUGAGCUGCAAUAUACUAUCUUCACUGGACAAGCUAAUGUAGUUAGUCUGUGUAAUUCAGCUGACAGCUGGAUGAUUGUUCCAAAUAUCAAACAAAACCAUUACACAGUGCAUGGCCUGCAGAGUGGCACCAAGUACAUCUUUAUUGUUAAGGCCAUUAAUCAGGCUGGCAGCUGCAAUAGUGAACCUGGAAAGCUGAAAACAAACAGUCAGCCAUUCAAACUGGAUCCCAAGUCUGCUCAUAGAAAGCUAAAAGUAUCUCACGAUAACUUAACUGUGGAGCGCGAUGAAACUUCUUCUAAGAAGAGCCACACCCCUGAGCGUUUUACUAGUCAAGGCAGCUAUGGGGUAGCUGGCAAUGUGUGUAUUGACAAUGGACGUCAUUACUGGGAGGUGGUUAUCAGUGGAAGUACAUGGUAUGCCAUUGGUAUUUCUUAUAAGUCUGUACCAAAACAUGAGUGGAUUGGAAAGAAUUCUGCUUCUUGGGUUCUUUGUCGUUGCAAUAAUACAUGGGUGGUGAGACAUAAUAGCAAAGAAAUUCCAAUAGACCCUGCACCCCAUCUUCGCCGUGUUGGCAUUUUGCUAGACUAUGACAAUGGUUCGUUGGCCUUUUAUGAUGCCUUGAAUUCACUACAUCUUUACACUUUUGAUAUUACAUUUUCACAGCCUGUAUGCCCAACAUUCACAGUCUGGAAUAAAUGUUUGACAAUAAUAACAGGCCUUCCAAUCCCGGAUCAUUUAGAUUUUAUUGAGCAGAUGCCAUGAUCAAUACUGAAUGAAGAUGGAUGAUGAAUGUCAUGUGGACCUCACAUAUACUUUUAUGGAACUUUGACUGGAAAAGAGAAAUACAUUUCAUACAAAAAAGAAGUCUUUAUCGUUUUAAACAAAAAAGAAGUCAGCCAACAGUCAAAACAGGAAGAUCUCCUUGGACAUUACUAUUUGUUUUGUAUUAAAAGCAAGAUAUGGCUUUAAUCAUUUUUCAGAUUGUUUUUGUAUCUAGUCUCCUUCAGAAAAUUUAUACAUUAUUUAUAUUUUAAAAAACCCUUCUAAUAGGAACCCCCAAUUGGUAUUUGCAUCUGAGCAUAACAAAGACUUCUUUUUGCACAUAAAGAGCUGUGUCACAAAUGUUCCUACUAGAUGUCUCCAAUAUUUCUAUUUUAUAAUAGAAAGAGUUAUAAAGUCAGUGUCUGAAUCAACCAGCAACCAAUAUUAUUGAUAACAAUUUUCUUAAAUACUAAUUAUUCACCUCUGCCACAGUUAGGAAUAUGUAUUUUUUAUUUUUAUUUUUGGACUCAGAAAAUCAUCAACUAGAAUGAAACAACUAAAAUAGAUCUAACAUUAUGUCUUAGAUAAAAGUACCACUAAGGUCAAAAGAUGAUCAAUUUCUGGUAGUAUUGAUCUGGAUACAUACCAUUGAAAAGGUACACAAAGUAGCCACAUAUGCAGUGCUAGGGAUAGGCAAUGUACAACUGAUUUUAAGUAUGAGAUUUUGUUAUGUUAUAGUAUAUCAAUAAAAAUAGUAAAAUGUAUCUUUGUAAGCAGUACCAGAAAGAGCUGAACUUCACUGUAUCAUUCUGUGGAAUCUUUGAAGGGAUCCAGGGUUUCAAUUUUCUUCUUAAUUUGUUUCUUUUAAGGAACAAGGCCUAUAGGGUCAAGUUUUUGAGGUCGUAAAUUUUUUUCAGCAAGAUUUCCAAAUGAAAAUACUUAAUUGUAAGAUCUGCACACAAAGACUGAAAAUACUUUUAUUUUUAGAAGAUACAUUAUUAAAUCAAUGUAUUCUGCUGAAAAGACAUUUUUUUACCUGAUAGGAAGACCAAAAUGAUUAUAGAAAGUAUGAGGUUUUAAUAUACUCAGUCAAGCAUUAAAUAAUGUUUCUAGCCUAGAUUAAACAAAUAAACAAAAUUGAUCAACAGUUUCUGGUCUUGCCUCUUUGAGGUUCUUUGUGGUAAACGGCUGAACCCUUCACUCGCUUUUUGUUCUUUAUCUAAAAAACUACUUUAAUAGACUUUUAAUCACAUUAUCUGCACAAAAAUGUUCAUAAGAAUAAUUUGCCAAGCUAAAUUUCAGGAGGGGGGGAAUAGUUAAAAUCUGACAUCAUGGCAGCCAACCAAUGGCUAAGGAAUUCAGUCCCUUCUUCUAUCUCCUUGCGAAUAUUUAUCUGUGUAUCAUGCUGUCAUAAUGUGUACGUUAACAUUUCUCCCUUC